AUGCCUUACUCACUGAAAGGAAGAAACGUUCUGGUCACCGGGGGCUCUAGAGGUCUUGGGGCCAUCAUCUGUAAGAAAUUCGCCCAAGAGGGAGCUAAUGUCGCAAUCAAUUACGUUUCCAAUUCAACAGCAGCCCAAACAUUGGCGGACACUUUGGCAAAGGAUUAUUCCAGCAAAAUAUUCGUCAUCCAAGGCGACGCCGAAAAACGAGAAGACAAUGUUCGCAUCGUUCAAGAAACAGUAAAAAAUCUUGGCGGACUCGAUAUUAUUAUUGCAAAUGCCGGGUGGACCAAGCCGAGCAAGUUUGGCGAUCUCCAUGCACUAACUGAUGACGAGUGGAACAAGUGUUGGGCAGUCAAUGUCAUGUCUCAUCUGCAACUCGUACAAGAAGCCGCGCCAAUCUUCAAUGCGAAUCCCGAAGGAGGUGUCUAUCUGAUCACCUCUUCUGUCGCAGGAAUUAGCAAUCGUGGAAGUAGCAUGGCCUACUCUGUUUCCAAGGCUGCUGGGUUGCAGCUCAUGAAGAACCUCGCAUUCACUCAAGGGCCUAAGAUUCGAGUAAAUGCUAUUCUCCCUGGUCUUAUGCUUACCGAAUGGGGCCAGCGGUUUGGACCAGAAAUUAUUGAAAAAGUCAAAGGCGCAUCCACGCUGAAGCGCGAGACUGAUCUUGACGACGCCGCCGAUGCGUUCAUUUCCGCGGCUAAGAAUGCUUCUAUGACUGGCCAAGAAAUUGUAAUUGAUUCUGGACUUAAUAUGGGCACGUAUUGA